UGGGUCUCUGAACAGAACCAAGGGAACUAACUGGUAAAUGAUUAUAGUUGGGUUAUGAACUCGUUGAUGGAAAACUACACCUUAAACAGCUUUACCCUCCAGAUAGAAGGGUUAGAUGUCUCAGAGAAAUUUUUGUAUCCUGUGUUUUUCUUCUUCCUCCUUUCUUACCUGGGAAUAAUGAUGCUGAAUGUGGGGAUUGUGAUCCUGAUUUGCAUGGACAGAAGCCUCCAUCAGCCCAUGUACCUGCUCUUCUGUAACCUGCCGCUUAACGACAUCCUAGGUGUCUCGUACAUGGUGCCCCGCCUGAUGUCGGACAUCUUGCUGCCGCCGGCUGAGCGCCUCAUCAGUUACUAUGAGUGUGUUGUUCAGGCUUUCUGUUCCCACAUGUUAGGCACCACGUCCCACACGGUGCUGAUGAUCAUGGCCUUCGACAGAUAUGUUGCCAUCUGUAAUCCUCUGCGUUAUUCUAUGAUAAUGACCAGCAGGAUGGUGAUGAAGCUGACCGUCUCUGCCUGGGGGUCGGCCUUGGUUCUGGUGGGGAUUCUGCUGGGCCUGACGGUCCGGCUGAGCCGCUGCAGGACUCUGAUCACCAACCCAUUUUGUGACAAUGUCUCACUGUUCAAGCUGUCCUGCGAGAGCGUGGUGAUCAAUAACAUCUACGGCCUGACCUUCACCGUGGUUCUGUUCACCUCCUCCAUCGGCAGCAUCGUCUUCACCUACACCCGGAUCACCAUGGUCUGUCUGACCAGCAGGAACAAGUCUAUAAACACUAAAGCCCUGAAGACCUGCAGCACACACCUGGUUGUGUAUCUCAUCAUGCUUUUCUGUGGUAUUUUUAUUAUAGCUAUGCAUCGUUUCCCUCAGUACUCGGACCAGAGGAAAAUGUCGGCCAUCUUGAUCCAUAUCAUUCCCAGCAGCCUGAAUCCCAUCAUUUACGGAGUUCAGUCCAAAGAAAUUCAGAAAUUCCUGUCCAAGUUUUUUCAGUCUAGGAAGAUUUUUUCUUGGUCUUAAAAGCUAAUGUGUUCAGGAAGUUAAUCCAGGAUAACUGUCUACUUUAGAAGUGUACCGAUUUAUUGGCCCUGAUUUCCUUAAUUUUAGGAGAUUGGCGAUCGGCCGAUACUUACAUGAGAAAUCGAUCUUAUCCUCCGAUCUCAUUUACCUCAGCAAAGGUCUGCAGAGCCACUGUCCCUUAUUGCUCUCUCAUGAGAGACGUUUGACUGGCAGACCGGCCCACCAGGUCAGGUCUGCAUGUUUACAAUAGUCACCCCAUUGUUGCCAACUCAGCACAUUCUUCCUACAUUUAGCAACAUUUCAACAAAAAAACAGGUAUCCGAAUCUGCAGGUCAGGCAUAUUAAAGAUCAGCCAGCAAAUGGCAACAGGAGCAGCUUUAGUUUACAGUGAUGUCAGCUGGACUAGAAUCCUGUUAAUCUGAGCAGAAAUCCUGAUUCAUUUCUCAGCGCUUUACAUUUUCCACUGUGUGAUUCAGACAGUUGCUGGUUUGGAUCAGCAGAAUGAAAAAACCUUUCUGAGGUCAGUAACAGGUUUUCACCGGAUUGAUCCGUUUCAUUCCGGACUCUGUUCCGACCAGCUGAACUGAACUCUGCUUCUCAGAACCGCUUCUCUGUGUCCACCCAUAACAGGCAACCUAGCUGAGAAACUCUUCUGGCUUUUUAAAAUGUAUUUAUUGUUUUAUUUUUUACCAGCAACAUAUCAGUUUCAAUUUCUUUGGUCAAAUUUGUGAAAAAUUCUCACACUAACAUUUUUAAAGAAACCACAACAUUAGCUCCAACACAAUGAUUUCUUAAGAUGCUUUCACAUCUCCCUGCAUGGUUAGAAGACGGUUAGACGACAACACGGUGGAGACUCUGGAGUGGCCUAGUCAAAGCCCAGACCAAUUCACAGCAGACCCCCAGCAACCUAGCAGAAGUGGCUCAGUUUAGUGGGAAGAAUGAGGAAAACUAAGCAGCCUGACCGACUCUCUGCAGCCAGAGGUGCCAAAACUACAUAUUGACUGGAAAGGAGGGAACAAUUAUGCAAUGAUUUUUUUUAUUGAUGUGAAAUAUUUUUAUUUCAAGUUCAUUAUUU